GAUGUUGAUGGAGAAGCUUGAAGGCAUCAAGUCGGGUUACCAACCAGCAUUAGCUAACACGCGUACGAAUUCAAAUUCACGAGUUCAUUUGUCUCAGGUGGUGGUUGUACCUCUGUGAAGGCUUAAGCGCACUCCAGAUCUUCCUUCGCGUGCUUUUUGGCCUUAGGGAACAAGUCAGCUUGGCCUUUGCUGAAUUGAGCUUCGACAUAGACCUACGGACAGCGUCGUUCAAAUCAGCAGCCUCUCAAGUUGUCUCAAGUUGUGUGCUCAGUCUUGGAGGGAAAACAUCAUGGCCGAUCAUGAAGUCAACAGGAACAAGAGAUCAAUGUCCUCAGGACUGGCAUGGCUCAGUUCCAUGGGCUUGAUUGGACAGGCCUCUUGUCAAAAUGGUGGUUCGACAGUGGCACUCCUGGCUGAGAAUGUUGGCUACCUCAAACGAGCGGAUGCGGGACAGCUCCAGGCGGUCUUUGACAAGUACGCCUCUACCAACGUCGAGGGAAAGAAGUACAUGACCGAGGUAGACUUUUUGGUCAAGUACCUUGGUCUUUUACCGGAAGAGAACUAUAACAAAAACUCGGCUCAAUUGAUCUGCGGUGCUUUGGACCAGAGCAAGGAUGGUCUGAUUUCGUUCGACGAGUUCUCGUCCUUUGAAGGCCGCUUGUGUGUUCCAGAUGCUCUCUAUCGAACGGCUUUUCAGUUGUUUGACACCAACGGCAAUGGGACCGUCAGUUUUGAUGAGUUCGAAGAGAUCAUCAAACAAACCACCCUUCAUCAGUCCAUUCCGUUUCCGUUCAGCUCGGACUUUGUCAAGUUGUACUUCGGAAAAAAGAAGGAUCGUGCCGUGACCUACGCCGAGUUCUCGCAAUUCCUGCAUGAUUUUCACGAGGAAUAUGCCACCGUAGCCUUCAAGGUCAAAGACACGAGUGGGAACGGCUUCAUCUCCACACAGGACUUUCAUGAUAUUAUGGUCACGAUCAAAGGUCACCUUCUCACCGAUCCCGUGAAGCAAAAUCUCAUUAAUGCUGCCAGUGGGGGCGUUGGAGGCACCCAGCAAGUGUCUUAUCCUUUUUUUGUGGCCUUCAUCUCGUUGCUAUCAAAUAUAGAGCUCAUUAAAAAGAUCUACUUGAACGCCACCAAUGGAUCCCGACUUCAAGAAGUUACCAAAGAGGAAUUCCUGCACUCUGCUCAAAUGAUGUCCCAAAUCACACCCUUGGAAGUGGAUAUCCUCUUCCAUUUGUGCGAUCUAAUGCAUCAAACAGGACGCAUCAUGUAUUCCGACCUACAAACCAUAUCACCCGAGCAAUAUAUGAAACAAAUCACCGCCCGGCUGACCGAUAUCCACGCCGUCUCCAGUCCGGAAGAUCGUGGCUUCGUAAUUCAAGUUCUAGAAUCCGUGUAUCGUUUCGCCUUGGGCUCGAUCGCCGGUGCUACAGGAGCCACGGCUGUGUAUCCGAUUGAUUUGGUCAAGACACGCAUGCAGAAUCAAAGAACCGGGUCUUAUGUGGGCGAGAUCAUGUACCGUAACAGUGUCGACUGUUUCAAGAAGGUCUUGCGGCACGAGGGCUUCACGGGUCUCUACCGAGGUCUGGUGCCUCAGCUCAUGGGUGUGGCACCGGAGAAAGCCAUCAAACUCACGAUGAACGACUUCGUGCGAGAUAAGUUUAUGCAAAAAGAUGGCAGAAUAGACUGGAAGUAUGAAAUUCUGGCCGGAGGAUCAGCUGGUGCCUCUCAAGUCAUGUUCACGAAUCCAUUGGAAAUCGUGAAGAUCCGCCUUCAAGUCGCCGGUGAGAUUGCCUCCAACGAGAAAGUAUCCGCAUUGUCGGUAGUCCGGGAACUCGGAUUCUUCGGCCUUUACAAAGGUGCCCGUGCUUGCUUGCUGCGUGAUAUUCCGUUUUCGGCCAUCCAGGUCGUGGCUCGAGAGGGCCAAACCACUUACACCGGUCUUCUGGACGCAGCCCGGAAAAUCUAUGCGGAAGAGGGGUUCAAAGCCUUUUGGAAAGGCUCGAUUGCUCGAAUGUGCCGCUCUUCCCCUCAGUUCGGUGUGACCUUGGUCACCUACGAAUUGCUUCAGAGAACCUUCUAUGUCGAUUUCGGAGGAAGUCAUCCCUCUGGUAGCACAGCUGAGGUUCCUGCCGGUUCCGCCGAAAUGAGUCGUUCCACAAAUCCCGAUCACAUUGGUGGUUACCAAGUAGCGAUGCCCAUUUUCAAUGGGAUAGAAUCCAAAUUCGGAUUGGUGCUGCCUAAAUUUCAAACUGGAUUCGUGACCAAAAGGGCUUUAGCCUCUUCUUAGGAACGGGAUGGACCUGAUUCCUCUAACGAAGUGUUCCUUGCGAUCCAACCACCUGAAGCAGGCCAGAGUGUACUCAACAAGAAGUAACUAGUUUAUUGGAGAUCAUCAGUCAUCAUCCGCAAUUAAAACAAACACAUAGGCCUAGAUUAAGCUAGAUAUACCGCUGAUGAAUUCAAUAUUAUUACCGUUGUGAUCUAGGUAAACAUACCGUCACAGUAGCUGAAAAUAAAUAUUAUAUUAUAUCUAGAUCGUAA